AUGGCAAGAGAAGGAAGGCGGGUUGACAUCGACACUAUGUUUUCACCACACGUGAAAGCGUCAAUUAUACCCUGGAGCCUGAAUUUGAAGCCUUUAAAUCGGAUCAUAAAUCAAGACACUCCACCUAACACGAAGAAAAAAGACGAUUUCACUUUGAAUCGUAAUGAAGAAACGUCUGAACUGAAUAGAAAUGCUUUGAUGAGACGUUCGAUCUUCUUUUCUGCUUGUGAUGAAGACCAGAAUUAUUGUCCAUAUUUUACCCUUUUCAGUAGGAGAUAUUCUGAAGUAUUUUUCAAAUCUCCUAGUAAAUAUUCCUAUGCAACACUUCGCAAAGCAGUGGAGUUUUUAAAGCCUUUCUUCACUAGCGACAACAGCAACUUUUCAGAAAUUGGUUAUAAAGUAUCAUUUAAUUAUUCACUGAAAUCCGCCAAUGUUUUACAAGCUGAAGAGAUAAUCAAGCACAAAUUUUAUGAAGUAGUUUUUGAAGUUGUCAAAUUUAAUGUAUUAUCCCAGUAUCAGGUACACAAAGCACUUAUUUUUGUCAUCCUACACGACUGUCGACUUCGCCGGUUUCUUCGUCGGGUAAAAUUUUCUCAUGAGGAGUCGGAUCCGGACAUUGAGGACCUUGAAAACGUGAUGGUGAAAAUGAGGACUAAAUUUAAUGCUGCUUUUGCACGAUUAAGAAUUAAAAGAAACGCUAAAUCUUUAGACGAUUUGAUUCCUUCAUCACCUUGUAUCUACAGAAUUGCCCGAGGCGUAUGGAAAGAUACUAAUAAUAAUUCCAAAGCAAGACUAAGUUUGUGGGCCUGGGUGAAUCGUAAUAAGCAUCAUGUCAGCAUUCAGUCGAUCAUAAACGAAUUACAAAAUGAAGGCAUCACAGUCACACCACUACAUGACCCUGGGAUUCCAUUACCUUACUUAUUCUCAGAGCGACAUGUUGCGGACAUUUUGUGCUUCCUUCCGUGUGACAAAGAACGCCUCUUGUGGAGCCGCGUGCUAAAGAAAGAUAUUCUUGUUGUUCAAGAAAGUGUUAGUUGUUUAGGACCCCAGUGUCUGAGAAAAGCACUUGCCUUAGAAUGGGAGAAAAAGAACAUCCAAAAACCAAUGUCUCCAAAUUCGCUGAUAUUAGCCAGGUUAUUAAAUAAGCCCAGACCACCUCCGGCUCCAGUUCUUGGUAAGACUGACGUAGUCAUCACCAACAUUGGCAUAGGUAAAACAGCUGUCUACCUGUCAAGUCUUCUUGUGGAAUGUGGGUUCGAAGAUGCCUGUCACUUACUCGAACAUCUUGCUAGAAGAGAAGAUGAAGAACAGGAUGUUCGACUUCUGGCCGAAGAAAAUUAUAGAGUAUUAGAUCAUGCUAUGAAAC